AUGACGGAGGAGCUGUCCGUCGAGGAGUGCAAGGCGCACAUCAGCGACAUCCGCAACAGCCAUGGCGCAGACGCGCGAAACGAGAGCGAGCGUUUCCUUCGCAGAGGCUAUGAGAGCAUGUUGAAAUUGUUGUCUGCACAACUAUACAGCGAGCCGAGCUAUUUUCUCUUCGAGCUCAUCCAAAAUGCCGACGACAACACCUACGCCGACGGUGACCAGCCCCAAGCCACUCUUGCAUACCGCUCUGACGGUCUGCUGCUAUUUGGUUGCGACGAACAGGGCUUUUCCAAGGCCAACGUGAGCGCCAUCUGCGACAUGAACCAAAGCACAAAAGCUCUUCUGAAAGACGGCAAGAAGAGCUGCAUUGGCGAGAAGGGCAUCGGCUUCAAGUCCGUUUUCAAAGUGGCCGACCAAGUUUUCAUCAGGUCCAAUAACUUCUCCUUCAUGUUCGAUAAGAAUACGCCACUGGGCAUGGUUGAUCCUGUAUGGGCUAAGUUUCCAGACUUCCCAGAACAAUUUCAGAUGAACACCAUGAUCUGCUUGAAGAUCGAGAAGCAGGAGGAUCGUGAUGUGGUCAAAGAACAGCUGACUAAAGUCCUCGAACCUUCAUCAUUCAUGUUUCUGCGUCGUCUUACCAAGGUCAGAGUUGUUAGGCUCGAAGACUCCGGUGACACUUUCGACGAGCUGAUCAUGUCUCACGAUCACCGACCAUUCACCGACGACCUUCAGAUUGUCACUACAACGAAAAGCAAGGGCACAAAGUCAUGGAAAUCGCGCUACAUCCUCUCUGACUACAUUGCUCGUGGAUGGCCUUCGACCGAGCUUAGACAGGGUGUUACCGAGACAUCGAUCAAGCUGGCAUCUCCCAUCAACGAUCAGCAACAACCGCUCAUCGCCAAGCGCGACGUCUAUGCUUUCCUGCCCGUCUGCUCCUCUGGUCUUCCCUUCCUUAUCCAGGCCGACUUCUUGCUUGUUGCCAGCCGACAAGGUAUCGACGAGUCUCAACCUUGGAACCGUCGCCUCCAAGAUCAUCCUGAUUAUCUUCCGGAAGCUCAAGUUGCUCUCAAAUUCUUCGACAAGUUGAAAGACAAGUUCUUGGACCGCGUCAAGGAUGUCAAGAUUCUGGAAUCGCGAUCUGGUGAACUUGCCAAGCCCAAGGUGAUGAUGUUGGUACCUGAUCAGUACAAGGACGAAGAUGGAACUCCUCUAUUGACGCCUGCCAACGACCGAUACCUCUCUACCAGGUAUGAUACGAGCCACGUCUCUUCGCUGGUCACACAGGCAUUGGACGACAAAAAGUUCUUCGACAUGCUCAAAACCUACGUCUCGAAACAGGCUGAGGAGUUUCGCACUAAGUCUGACGCAUGGCACGGUAAAGUCUCCAUCGUCCUAAUGGCAGGACAGAAGCAGUUCAAUCUUGAUGGACUGCUGAUCAUGCCUGUCGUUCCUCUCGACGAUGGCUCCUGGAUUAGUGCCAUGAGCCGUCACAAACCUUCUUAUUCCAGGGUGGCCAACAGAUCAGCGCCGUCUACGACCUUCUAUCUGCCACGCUCUGAUGCUAACAUUGUCAUUCCGAAGGGCGUGUCGCUGUCUAUUGUUGAGCACAAAGCUUCUCGCAAUGAAGAGCGCAGGGUCUUCUUCCAUCGUAUCGGGGCUCAGGACCUCGACUACGAGGACGUGCUUCGAGGCAUAAUCAAGCAACACAAGGAAUCAUUAGCCAACGCUGACGUCGACCUGUUGCUCUCUCAUGCCCAGUAUGUCUUCAGCAUGCCGUCGGCGUCAAGGUUGGCGCAGAACUUGAGUACGAUCCUUUGGCUGGCAGACUCGCGGGGCGAGCAGUCUCGUGGCAUUGAGCUCCAUAUGGAUGACCCAUUCAAGACGGCAGUCAGUCAAAUGUUUUUGGCCAAUCCUACGGUGGCUCGUUUCAUCCAUCCCAAGUACUUGGAAGUUUACCAAGGAAACGUAGAGCUCCGUACCAGAUGGUUGGCCUGGUUGCGUGAGUGUUUGGGGGUACACGAUGUUCCUCGCUUGUCGAACAAGACGAACAAAGGCCUAUCGGCCGAGUUCGAAUGGCUCGUCAACAACAUCCCGAGUGCACAGUGGCUCGCUAUCAUCAGACAUAACUGGGACGACUACCAGCUCAAUCAAGUUCCAAAGCCAGGCGACAUGAGGAUCCCGAGCGAAGACGUCCGCAACAAGAUUGCAUCUCUGCCUGUGGAUUGCACUGACGGUAGGAGAGCGAAACUUCAAGACACUAUCCUUCCGACUUUACGCUCCGCUGUCAUGACAAUACAGCACAUGGGCUUCCACUUCCUUGAUAUCAAGGAUGAACACAACAGCGAGUGGGUCAAGUUUUCGACCUUUGGUGUUAUCACUCAUCGUGAUCUGGAUUUCUGCCUGAAGUUAUUGAUGAAAUUUCCGGCAAGCGGGAUCACACCUGACAAGAUGACUGUCAUCAAGUUGUACAGAGAUAUCCACAUGUUCUGUGAGUCGAGCAUGAGUGCGAGGGAGCGUACUCGUGCUGCUUUCAGGGAUCAUCCCCUGAUUUUCCUGCCUGACACUUCGAAAUGGGCCCACCUGCAAACCUGCGUUUGGGAAGCUCCUCCGUGCCUGCGCAAGGUCCGUCCCAUUGCACACAUCUAUGGGCCUGUCCAAUCGUUUUUCAAGAAUAUUCUCAGCUUGCAUGAUGCUGGUAUUGGAGAUUUUGUCAACGAACUGAUCACACAUGACAACGUCAUCUCUUCUAUCGCUCUGCUCAAGGAGCUAUUGCUCGAGCUUGGCAGCAGGAUAAACCCCCAUAUACAGUAUGAUCUGAAAGCCCUGGACAGUCGUAGGAUCUUUCCUGUCGUCAACGCACAGAAGCAGCGAAUCCUCAUGGCUGGAACCGAUCCACAAUGGUUCAUCCCCGAUGGUCGGAAUCUGAUCACAUCUUUCAGUGGCAUCAUACCUCUUCUAGAAUUCUCACUUGGUGAACAAAAGAGACUGGAAUCACUUUUUGAGAAGAUGAGUAUCUGGGGCAAGCAUCUCUCUGAAAAGGUCACGAAGCGAGAAGUCGUCGAAGGGAAGGAUGAAGCCAUGAAGGACGCAGUCCAUACCAGAAAGUUCCAGGUGAAGGCACACUAUCUCUUGUGUCUGACGAACCCAGCCGAGAGAUACAUCCUAAAGCCUUUGCUCGAAAGUACAGAGAUUUGGGCUGUAAAGUCGAUCAAAGUACACCGCGCUAUUCGCCUGGACAACCAGGAGAUCUGUGGCAGACCUAUGCCAGCCAACAUCAUGCUAGACAAGGACCAGCGAGUCUUCGUGCCUAUGAAGGAUCUUGAGGACAACGUGCUCAAUUACUAUGAGCUCUCAGAGAAGUUGAUCACCCUGUGCAAGCUCGAGAAAGUGGCCGAAAAGCUACCACUUGGCAUUCUCUCCAUGUCAUCCAUCCAGCAAAUUGAGGAUAUGCUGGAGGAGCAUGGUGUCAUAUUUGACAAGCUUGAACUACGCAAGCUGACCACCAAGGUCGUUGACGAACCGGCCGGAGCCAUGCUGUCUUCCAGGCGCAAGCCCGUUGAAGAUAGUCCCNCGGAGAUGACUACAAACGAUGGUUCUUCGACUUCUGGUGAUAGUGAUUUGUCUUCUCUGGCCGCCCUCAAGGAUAUUGGCGUUCAUGUCAAGCUUGCGCGCAGACCAAAGCCUGUCGCAGUUCCUCGUGGCAACGAUCGCAACCCCAAUGGAAGACCUCGCAUUGAACGAGAGCUCAGCACUGACGACAAUGACACAGAGCAGCACUCUGACGACGGAGAUUGGGAUAAGGACUCGGCACCUAUGUCGACUCGUGCUGCUCCUUCCAGAAGAUCUGCCAAGCCUGGCAACGGCAAUGGAAAUGAUAAUGGUAAUGGCAACGGCUAUCAUAUGAGGUCGAACUUCGGCAACAGCAAUGCCAUGUCUGACGAGGAUAUCAACGAAAUCGACGGUGAGGCAAGUGAGGACAGCACAUACUUGACUCAGCGGACACAGACUUCCGAGUAUCGCAAACAGCUGAGCGUUGCACAAACCACUGUGGAAGACCCCCAGGCUAUUCGGAUUGAUGNNUACCUAUUUCUCAAAACCCUUCUGGGCGACUACUUCACAGACGAUAUGUGGACGAGUCAUGCUAGUACCAAAUACACUGAUCUGACGUUCAGCGGUAACGACAGCCAGUUUACUGACUUCACUAUUCGUAAUCUCAGUGGUCGUAUGACAGACUGGCUUGUUGAAAAAGGCUGCAAGCAACCCACAGCAUGGAUGGGGAAGAAUGACAAGGACGCAAUUACAUACUCUAUCGAGGUCAAGGCUACCUAUGGUCCACGUCAUGAGCCAUUCCACAUGAGCCAGAAUCAGAUUGACAUGGAGUAUCGCCUGCAGGGCGGCGAAGUUCCGAACAGAGUUUACGUGAUCAUGCGCGUAUCGAACUUGGCAGGCAAUGGCAGCGGUGGCAUUGCUCAGGUCCAUCCUUUCGUCGAUCCAUACAGUCUGUUUGAGCAGGGCGAUCUGAGCUAUAUCUCUCAAGGAGGAUACCUGGUCUUUUCUGAUUUGAAGUCUGCCUGA